AUGAGCAAGGCUGAUGUAGAGUGUGUGACAGCGGAUAACCUAGUGUGGAGAUGCCAACCUUGUGCUUCAGAACGGCGAAAGAGUAUGAGGUUCGAGUCUCAAGCAACGGAGGGGAAACUCACCAUAGAAGACGUUAUGAAGAAGAUUAUUGAAGUGGCAGAAAGCCAAAAAGAAAUGGAGAAAAACUUCAAUAAGUCGUAUGAAACACUCUACAGUAAAAUCGACGAGAGUACCGAAGCCGUCAAGAUACAAACUGAGGAAGUGGAAAAAUGCCUCGCAAUAGUUGAUGGCCUAGUAAAUGAGAAUAAAAUACUCAGGGAGAAAAUCAGUUCUCUGGAAGCACGCAUCGAGGAGCAGGAGCAGUAUUCAAGAAGGAACACUGUUGAAAUCCAUGGUAUCCCACAGGAAAAAAAUGAAGACGUGGUGUCUGUCGUAAAGGAGGUGGGAAAAGCGUUGGACUUCAAUAUAUCCAAUACAAUGAUUGAUGCCUGCCAUCGUCUGGGAAAAAGAUCUGAGCCCAACAGUCCUCCGCCUGGAAUAGUGCUGAAGUUUGUAAGCCGACUAGAUAAAGAAGAGCUGCUAAGAAAAAGACGUGUCAAAAGUAACUUCUCGACGCGGCACAUGAACCUGGAAAUGGACAAGCCGGUCUAUAUCAACGAGUCCCUGACACCGAUGAAGAGGAAGCUCAUGGCAGAGGCACGGAAGUUUAAGCGUGAGAACAAUUAUCAGUUCGUUUGGGUGCGGGAUGGAAGGAUCUUUUUACGAAAAGAGGAGACUUCUAAAGUUAUUCAUGUAACUUGCCAGGCUGACCUGCCAAAG